AUGGAAUCAGCAAUAACCCGAUUACUUUCUCUCUUAAAAUCAUCAUCAAAAUCAAAAACUUCAAAAUCAUCCUUAAAAUCCAAAUCAUCAUUAAAAUCCAAAUCUUCAACUUUAAAAUUAUCUUUACCAUCAUCAUCAUCCAUCCAACGACUAAUUAUAUCAAAUCUAUCACCAACAUAUCUUGAAAAUUCAUCAAAACCGUCACAACAUUUAUCUCAACCUAAACAAAAGUUAAUAAUACUAGAUAUCAAUGGCACAUUAAUAUAUCGAGAUAAAAAUUUUGGAUCGAAAUAUAAUCCGGUCGGUAAAAUUCAUUUACGUCCAAACCUAAAUGAUUUUUUAGACUUUUUAUUUUCUAAUGAAGAUUAUUUUAAAAUAAUGAUUUGGUCUACUGCUAGACCUAUGACGGUUUAUUAUUUAGUAGACAAAGUUUUUGACCAUCAUAAAACCAAAUUAUUAGAUAUUUGGACUAGAGAUAAAUUAGAAUUACCUAAAGUUGAAUAUUUUGAUAAAUCUCGUAAUAUUGUGAAAAAUUUAGAUAAAAUUUGGCAAUCCGAGGAAACAUGGAAUCAAAUGAAUACUAUUUUAAUUGACGAUUCUAUACUUAAAGCUAGAUUACAACCUUUCAAUGCUAUACAUCCAAUUUCAUUUAGGAAAAAAUUUCAACGUGAAAAUGAUGACGAAUUAUUAAAGGUUAUGGAUUAUCUUAAUAAAUUAAAAUAUCAAAGUAAUGUAAGUUUUUUUAUUAGACAUAGCCCUUUUAAUAUUUAUUAA